UAUUAUUAGUAGUAUUAUUAGUAGUAUUAUAACACUCACUGUGUGUCUCUCUCCCCGUGGCUCAGGGUUCACUGCUGGUUUAUCUUCGCCUCAACAGCAUGGAAGUCACCGACAGCUGGAGACAGAGUAGCUGUCAGCGAAUCACGGCCCGGCUGAGAGAGCUCUCGCAGAGUGCACUGCAGGCAGCCAAUCAGAUGGCAGAGAGCCCCAACCAAUCAGAACACAGCUUACUGAGGGUUGAGAAUCUGAUGGCUGACAUCGGUCGAAGCAUCAACAUAAUCUCGUGCCUAGCGACAUCCUCACAUAACGAGCCCUACCCCCUCCAGGGAGUCCAACAGCCAAUCACGCCGCUCCCCUCCCACCACCACCACCAUCAGCAGCCAAUCACGUCGCUCCCCUCCCACCACCACCUGCAGCAGCCAAUCGCGACGCUCGCCUUGAUCCACCCGCAGCAGCAGCAGCCAAUCGCGACGCUCGCCUCGAUGCAGCAGCAGCAGCAGCCAAUCGCGACGCUCGCCUCGAUCCAUCAGCAGCAGCAGCCAAUCGCGACGCUCGCCUCGAUCCAUCAGCAGCAGCAGCAGCCAAUCGCGACGCUCGCCUCGAUCCACCCCUACCACCACCAGCAGCAGCAGCCAAUCAGAGCGGCCUCUGCACACCACGCCGAGAUGCAGCAGCAGCCAAUCAGUGCCCACCACGCCGAGAUGCUGCAGCAGCAGCAGCCAAUGGGAGCCCACCACGCCGAACUCCAUCAGCAGCAGCAGCCAAUGGGAGCCCACCAUGCCGAACUCCACCACCAGCAGCAGCAGCAGCAGCCAAUGGGAGCCCACCACGUCGAGAUGCAGCAGCAGCAGCAGCAGCAGCCAAUGGGAGCCCACCACGCCGACCUCCAGCAGCAGCCAAUGGGAGCCCACCACGUCACGAUGCAGCAGCAGCAGCAGCCAAUGGGAGCCCACCACGCCGACCUCCAGCAGCAGCAGCAGCAGCAGCAGCCAAUGGGAGCCCACCACGCCGACCUCCAGCAGCAGCAGCAGCCAAUGGGAGCCCACCACGCCGACCUCCAGCAGCAGCAGCAGCAGCAGCAGCCAAUGGGAGCCCACCACGCCGACCUCCAGCAGCAGCAGCAGCAGCAGCAGCCAAUGGGAGCCCACCACGCCGACCUCCAGCAGCAGCAGCAGCAGCAGCCAAUGGGAGCCCACCACGCCGACCUCCAGCAGCAGCAGCCAAUGGGAGCCCACCACGCCGACCUCCAGCAGCAGCAGCAGCAGCCAAUGGGAGCCCACCACGCCGACCUCCACCACCAGCAGCAGCAGCAGCAGCCAAUGGGAGCCCACCACGCCGACCUCCAGCAGCAGCAGCCAAUGGGAGCCCACCACGCCGACCUCCAGCAGCAGCAGCAGCCAAUGGGAGCCCACCACGCCGACCUCCAGCAGCAGCAGCAGCAGCAGCAGCAGCCAAUGGGAGCCCACCACGCCGACCUCCAGCAGCAGCAGCAGCAGCAGCAGCCAAUGGGAGCCCACCACGCCGACCUCCAGCAGCAGCAGCAGCAGCAGCAGCAGCCAAUGGGAGCCCACCACGCCGACCUCCAGCAGCAGCAGCAGCCAAUGGGAGCCCACCACGCCGACCUCCAGCAGCAGCAGCCAAUGGGAGUGGAAGCCCCGGAGGCCGGAGCCCAGCCGGGCCGGCACCCGGAGCUCGGCGGCGGAGGCGGCCUGGACGGGCCGCGGGCGAAGGAUCCCGAGUCCACGUUCCUCCACCUGGAUCCGAAGCCGGA